CAUCUUGCUAUAUUGAAAUGGCAAGGCGAUUGCGUGCGUUGGGGAUGGAAGAGGUAAUCUUGCUGGCUUGGUGGGGGAUGAUAUCUAGAAGUAGCGGUACCCCUCAAGAUUAUCACUCGCGUCCCGGCAUCCACCUGUAGAGGCAUUCAUCUCCGCAAGUGAGGGCAAGUCAUCAAGUGGCUCGGCGACCUGCUGUCCCGUAAUCGAGACUACUUCAAAAAAAUGAAUCGUACCUGGAUGCUGCUUUUCCUCGCAGCGUGCGCUCUGUGGACAUUCGGCGAGGCCAUACCCUGCGAUCAGUGCGGACGUGAGUGCGCCGAUAUCUGCGGCACCCGGCAGUUCCGCGCCUGCUGCUUCAACAAUAUGCGGAAGAGGCAUUCCGACACCCUCGGCCUGAAAAUCUGGAUGAGACCGCGGAGAUACGCGUUCAAUCUGUAUCCGAUCUACGAUGCUUAAUCCCCGCACGCAGUGUAUAUCUUACAUACGCGAAUACGGAAAAUCUCUCGGCGGCAGAAGUUAGUUAUUAUUGCCUCAAUGUUUAUUAUUAUCUUUAUCCUACGUUCAGCUAGGAGUUGCAUAAUGUCCCUCCGCUCGUCAUUUCCGUUAGCUCUGUCUCUCCCCGUUACUGUCCCCCACGUUCCUCGCUCUCCUAAACGUACGUAUAGAAUCGUUGUCGAUGCGCUUAAUUGAAAUUAAAGGUGUUACGCAGCAGCAGACCUACUCGGGUGUGAUUCUUUUGUAUCGACGCAACGAUCUCUCACGCCUGAUUUUGUACUUGCGUCGCCGUACGCAUCCGAACGCGCCCGAUUGUCACAGGUCGGUUAGGUACAGGUCUGGAAGGCCCUCCGCAAGGCAUCGAAAUGGAAUGGGGAGACGAAUCGAAACGACACGUGCGCGUAAAUGCUGAAAAAAUAUACCUUUAUUGUAAAUAUAUAUCGAUGACUGCUUACACGAUUGUAUACGAGUUCAUUGGUAGCCGAGACGUAGUGUAGCUCGCAGUAAAUAUAUACAUUUAGGAUCACAUAUCACAGUUGGAUUUAGCGCAGUUGUACAUCGCGGUUACGUAUCACAGUUACAUUCACAAUCACGAAGUAUAUCUAUAGGUAUGCACUUUAUAUUAGAUGCAAAUCAGCAACGAAUUUUCGUCAUUGUUCGUUGGCUUCUCCAUUUGAUUUCUUCGACGUUUCUCCAUCACCGUCGUCGCCCGUACGUUUGCGUUUCCUUCUCGUGGCGUCGCGUGACACCGUCGAAAGAUCCUCCAUGAAGAUCUCCUGAUCUAUUAUGUUUACAACAUAAACACCAAAUAUAUUAAUUACGUUCUCGCAGAGAAGAUCAGGUAUGCAAGAAAUUUUUUAACAUUCUUGAUUAUUUCAUUGCGCGUACCUGUGGCAUCAUAUAUAUCAGCUUCGAUUUGAGGAAAGGAAGGUUCGAGUGCAAACUUCAUUUCGUUAAAUUUACUAUUGGAUCUGUAAAGCGAGUUCUAUACGAUGAGAAUUUGAGGCAUAACAUUUAAGCUUUAAGCUUCAAGAACCAUUGACCAAUCACAGUGGAAUGUGAAAAUAGAAAUCGACUGUGAUUGGUCAAUUUCUUACAGUUUAAAGCUUAAGCUCAAGCUUUAUAUCUUAAAUUCUCAUUGUAGAAUCCGCUUAAGGUGAGAGAAAAUCUGUCUGUCUCAUCGACAGACUCUGAUGACUCGAGCAGAUGAAACGUUGUUUCGCCAGGUAACAUCAUGAUCAACAUAUGCUCGUGGACUGUUAACGUCUGGCGUCUAAAGUGCUACUUUAAUUUAAAAACAAAUAUAUCAUGAUCAAUGCUCUGAA